AUGAAAUAUAUGAGUCAGUAUAAAAUCUUACAAGUGCGAUACUGGUAUUCUAAACACAACUUCCAAAGGUCGCCCAUUCUUCUUGAGUUUCCUACCUUCUUGAGGUACGUCUCAGUCUAUUAUCUCGCUUUCUCCGCAGUAUCGAUAAAUAAGCGUAAUAUCAUCAUUAGGAAGACACUGCCCAUCUUGAAUAGGAUUUUAGCUACUAAAUAUGUUGAUGGUCUUUAUGAAAAACUAUUAACUAGGAAUAUUAUGCUACCCAUAUGGAAAGAAGACGCUAGGGGAAUAGAAAGACCAUCAAAUAAACGAAGUCAACACCAGGUCUUCCGAAGCAUUAACAAUUACCUAUUUAAUAUGUACUCAGUCCGGGUGGAUAUCUCACUACAUUGA